AUGUCGACUAUCUCUGCGACACGUUCGUCGUUGACCUCGGGGGAGGUGAUUGACGAGAAGCAUGGAGCGCCGUCGGAGAAGGUCAAGGCACCCACGGCUCACCUCAGUGAACAGGAAAAGGCCAUUAUCGACAGGCAGUUGUCGGCACCAAACCUAACGGUUGGCUACUUUUCAUUGUUUCGCUAUGCCACCACUAGAGAUAUCCUCAUCAUGGUCGUGGCGGCCAUUGCUUCGAUAGGGGCUGGUGCGGUCAUGCCACUCAUGACGCUGGUAUACGGUAACUUUGCAGGUAGUUUCACAAGCUACUCUGUUGACGCUGUUGCUGCGCAACACUUCGAAAAUCAAAUCAAUACGAAUUCUCUCUACUUCGUCUAUCUUGGCAUUGGAUCUUUUGUAUUCUCGUACAUCAGUGUUGUCGGAUUUUCCAUUACCGGCGAGCGUAUCACGCAGCAGAUUCGGGAGCUUUACUUGCGUGCCAUUUUCAGGCAAAAUAUCGCCUUCUUCGACUUCCUAGGAUCCGGAGAGAUUACGACCCGUAUUAGCGCCGAUAUGAACCUGGUUCAAGACGGUAUCGGCCAGAAAAUCGGCCUCUUUCUCACUGGAUGCUCCAUGUUUGUCUCCGCAAUCAUUGUCGGAUUCAUUCGGUCGUGGAAGCUCUCCCUGAUCAUGCUCUCAGCGACAGUUGCCAUGGUACUCUUGAUGGGUCUCAAUGGCGCUUUUAUGAGAAAGAGCCAAACGAAAUCGAUUGAUGAAUACGCUAUAGCCGCUUCCUUGGCUGAGGAAGUCCUGUCUUCGGCUCGAAACGUUGCAGCUUUUGGAACCCAGAAACGCCUUGCCCAAAAGUACAAGGUCUUACUGGAUAGGGCAUCGAAGCUGGAUUUUAUGGCCAAGUUCUGGCUAUCGAACAUGAUUGCAGGAAUGAUGUGCAUCUUGAACUUGCAAUAUUCAUUAGCGUUCUGGCAAGGACACCGAUUCCUGGUAAGCGGCGACCUUGGCGUUGCCAACAUUCUUACUGUGGUCAUGUCUACUAUGAUUGCGGGUAUCUCCAUCGGACAGAAUCUGCCACACAUUCAAGCGUUUGGCGGCGCCACGGCGGCUGCUACAAAGGUGUUUAACACGAUCGAGCGCGAAUCGCCGAUAGAUCCAGAGACCGACAAAGGUGACAUCCCAGAACGCCUGGUUGGAAAUCUUGAGUUCAAGGACCUCAAACACAUUUACCCAUCCCGACCCGACACUGUGGUUCUUCAAGACUUCAAUCUGAGUGUUCCCAGUGGUAAGGUGAUAGCACUUGUUGGCGCAUCUGGCUCUGGAAAAUCGACAAUUGUUGGACUUUUGGAACGGUUCUAUCUUCCCAUGGAAGGCCAGAUCUUGCUCGACGGCAGAGACAUUACGACACUGAACCUGCAGUGGUUGAGGCAACACAUGGCUAUCGUCAGUCAAGAACCUAUCUUGUUCAGCACCACUAUAUACGAGAGUAUCGAGCAUGGUUUAGUCAACACCGAAUUCGCAAACGCAUCGAAGGAGAAGAAAAUGGAGCUUAUCGAAGAAGCAGCACGAACAGCUAAUGCCCACGAUUUCAUCAGCAGCCUGCCAGAAAAAUACGAGACCAGGGUUGGUGAAAGGGGUAACCUUCUUUCUGGUGGUCAAAAGCAGCGUAUCGCCAUCGCCCGUGCUAUUGUCUCAGACCCGCAAAUCCUUCUUCUCGACGAGGCCACCGCGGCCUUGGACACAAAGUCAGAAAGCGCAGUACAAGAGGCACUGGACCGUGCUUCCAAAGGACGGACAACCAUCGUUAUCGCUCACCGACUCUCGACCAUCAAAAAUGCCGACAAUAUCGUGGUUAUGGCCAAGGGUCUGAUCGUGGAACAAGGCACGCAUGAGGAGCUGAUCAACCGUGCAGGCGUAUACGCCAGUCUCGUACAGGCCCAAGAGCUUACCUCCAAGAUCAACACUAGCCACCAUAUCACUUCGGAGAAGGAGCAAACAUUUGUGGACGACGAGGAAAAGCCCAAUUUGCUUCGCACCGUGACUUCCGCCGCAUCGAUCGUAGAAAAGAAGGACGAGAAGGAGCCGAAAUAUGGCACAUGGGAGCUUGUUAAAUUUGCCUGGGAAAUGAACACGGGCGAACACCGAACCAUGUCUCUCGGAUUGAUCUUCAGUUUCCUAGCAGGCUGCAACCCCGCCAUCCAAGCCAUCUUCCUUGCCAACGCGAUCAACUCGCUGCUGUCGCCUGGUACCUCGUUGGGCGGAUACGGUAUCAACUUUUGGUGCUGUAUGUUCUUGAUGCUAGGGUUGUGUAUCUGUACGUUCUACUUCAUACAGGGAUUGACGUUGUCUCGUGGAUCUGCGCGCCUGAUCGGAAGCGUGCGAAACCGAGCUUUCAACGCCAUGCUUCGUCAAGACAUGGAAUUCUUCGAUGGUGAUACCGUCACAUCUGGAGCCCUGGCCAGCUUCCUCUCUUCCGAAGCCAAUCGUCUUGCUGGCCUCAGUGGUUCCACACUCGGUACGAUCGUUAGCGCCGCAUCAUCCAUCUUUGUUGCUAUCAUUGUUGCUUGCUCUUUCGGAUGGAAACUCGCAUUGGUGUGCACGGCGACGAUCCCGCUUGUGCUUGCUUGCGGAUACUUCCGUUUCUAUGCUCUCGCCCGUAUGGAGAAGCGCACCAAGGAGACAUCGGACGCCGCAUCUUUCGCUUGUGAAGCUGCGUCUUCGAUCCGCACCGUGGCUACACUCUCGCUCGAAAAGCACCUUCUUGGCAAAUACCACGAUAAACUGGGCAAACAGGCUGCAGACAAUCUGACGUUCACCAACAUUUCGGCCUCGCUGUACGCCACUUCCCAAGGCCUGGCGCUGUUCAUCUUCGCGCUGGUGUUCUGGUAUGGUGGCCAUCUGUUAUUGCGUCAAGAAUAUACGGUUCUGCAGUUCUUUGUGGUUUACUCUUCUAUUAUCAACGGCGCGCAGUCAGCUGGUGCCAUUUUCUCGUUUGCGCCAGAUAUGGGUGAGGCAAGAGAUGCGGCCAAGCUCCUCAAGACUUUCUUGACGCGAGUCCCUAAGAUUGACCAUUGGUCGCCAGAUGGAAAGAAGGUCGACACUUUGAACGGUAGAGUUGAGCUGCGGAGCGUGCGCUUCACAUACCCUGGACGACCUGACCAUCGCGUUCUGCGCGGUGUCAAUAUCUCUGCCGAGCCGGGGCAAUUUGUCGCGCUGGUUGGUUCCAGUGGAAGCGGAAAGUCGACUGUCAUGCAGCUCCUCGAACGUUUUUACGACCCUACUCAGGGCGCUGUUAUUGUUGAUGGUGUUGACCUGAAGGAUUACAAUCUGCAAGACUACCGGGCGCAAUUGGCGAUUGUGAGUCAGGAGACGACGUUGUACACUGGCACGAUUCGCGAGAACAUCACGGCCGACAAGGAAGAUGCGAGCGAUGAGAUAGUCAUACAAGCUUGCAAGGACGCGAACGUUUACGAGUUUAUUUCUUCCUUACCUGACGGCUUUAACACUCUCGUCGGUGCAAAGGGCGCUCUUCUAUCGGGUGGCCAACGGCAACGCUUGGCCAUUGCCCGUGCGCUUCUCCGCGACCCCAAAGUCCUCCUUCUCGACGAAGCCACAUCAGCCCUCGACUCGACAUCGGAGCGCGUUGUUCAAGCCGCUCUAGACGUAGCCGCCAAAGGCCGAACCACAAUCGCCAUUGCGCAUCGCCUUAGCACAAUCCAGCACGCCGACAUCAUCUACGUGUUUGACCAGGGCAAGGUUGUGGAGCAGGGGCGGCACGACGAACUCGUAGCGAGGAAGGGUGUGUACUGGGAGCUGGCGAAACUGCAGGCCAUGGGUGCGCCGCAAUAA